UCUCUCUGUCUUUCUCUGCUCGCUUCUCCCGGGCCUCGGGAAGGGGGUGGGGGGUGAUCUCCAUGUUGUGUGACUGCUUUCCGCCCUGUCACAGGGAAGCAGCGUAGGCCGGCGCUUGCGGUGACCGCCAUAUUCCCCUAUCCUUCCAGGAGCCGGUAACCCGUCUGGAAAGUGCUCGGUGAAGAUUUGUUUGCCUAGAACAUUCUUUUCCUCGUCGCCAUUCUGCUUGGAGAGUGGACAAUAGCUAUUGCAGAAAUAUGAAUGAGCAUCCGAAGAAACGGAAAAGGAAGACCUCUUUUCCUUCCCGCUACGCAGUACAGACUGCCACAGUCACUUCUCCAGAUGUUGCUGUCCCAGUCAAAACUGUGGAAAACAAUGGAAUAUUUUUUGAUCACUGUUACAGCGUCUGCUCUAUAAUUCAGGCUGAUCCUAAAGUUCCUGAGACUGAAGAGGAACAGCCCAGUACCAAUGGAGAAAGCAGGGAGAGUUGCGAGUCUCCCACGUUAAUUCCCCAACCAGUGCAUGAAGAUGCAGUAGUAGAAGUCCAGACUGAAGAGCCAGAAUGUGUUCCAUCACCUGUCAUUGAGGAGGAAGUAAAGGAUAUCCCACUUCAGAUACAUGAAAAUCCAGACAGCAGCCCUUCUUCCAACCUGACUGCAGCUCAAAAGUGGCCAUUACUGAGGGCCAACAGCAGCGGCUUGUUCCGCUGUGAGCAGUGCGACUACAACAGCAAGUACUUCUCUGACCUAAAGCAGCAUAUGAUUUUGAAGCACAAGUGCACAGAGUCUCACAUCUGCAAGGUGUGUAAACAAAGUUUCUCUAGCGAUGACUUGUUGCUAGAACAUGGAAAAUUGCAUGAGGAGGAGCAGCUGAGCUGUAAGCACUGUGACUACAAGACCAAUUCCUUUGAGAACCUCAGCCAGCACGUGGCAGAUGCUCAUUUCAAUGACUUUCUCUACUGGUGCGAGCAAUGCGAUUUGCAGUUUUGCACUAGUAGUGAACUGUACCUUCACUUUCAGGAGCACAGUUGUGAUGAACAGUACUUAUGCCAGUUCUGUGAACAUGAGACCAAUGAUCCGGAGGAUCUACACAGUCAUGUAGUCAAUGAACACACAUGCCGUCUAAUAGAAUUGAGUGAUGCCUAUAACAAUGGAGGACGUGGACAGUUCAGUCUCUUAAACAAAAUCAGCUUUGAUAAAUGCAAAAAUUUCUUUGUCUGCCAAGUAUGUGGCUUUAGCAGCAGGCUCCACACUAAUGUGAAUAGGCAUGUAGCAAUAGAGCACACUCGUUUUUACCCUCAUGUCUGUGAUGACUGCGGGAAAGGAUUUUCUGGUAUGUUGGAGUAUAGUCAGCAUUUAAACUUGCAUUCGUCUGAGGGGGUCUACCUGUGUCAAUAUUGUGAAUACUCAACAGGUCAGCUGGAGGAUCUAAAAACUCACCUAGAUUUUCGGCAUUCUGCUGAUUUGCCUCACAAGUGCAGAAACUGCCUUUUGAGAUUUGGAGCAGAAGAAGACCUUAAAAACCAUCUCCAGACACAUGAGAGAACAUGAGCUAUUCUUUCAAAAUGUCGCCAUGUCAGGGCUGUUAGCUUGAAAAGACAUUGGGCGGUAUCCAAUUAGCUGCUGUAAUUUACUGUGGCUAAUUGACUUUCCCGGGGCUAUCCUAUUAGCCCCGAUACCAGCACCCCGAUAAGUAACCAUUUUUUUCUACAAUUGCGGCCGCGGAAACGCAUAGCUCUGCAGCUUUUCAUGGAUCCUAUGUGUUUCCGUGAGAAAACGGGUAAUUUUUUGCAUGGAAAACAUGGGCUAUGAUUGGAUAGCCCGAAAAUAGCAAUUGGGCAGAAAUUGCGAUAAGUCAGAUUUUUGUGUGAAAAAGUACCAAAGCUAAUAGGAUACCCCUCCCCCAAGUCUGUUCCCUGCUAAAAAAAAAAUUACUGUAUGGAAUCUGAGAAAAUGCUAAGCAUUUAAGGGGGGAUUGAACUACCCAUGAUCCCGUUAACGCAGUAAAAUAUCACUUUGAAUAGCCAAUUUAUCACAUUUGGGGGGGGGGGGGGGGGGGGGUUCGUUUUGGGUUUUUUUUUCCACAUCCAUUUUUACAUGAAAACAUAGGGAUCCGGGAAUUUAUCCCAGAUUCAUGUGUUUAUCGCAAUUGCUGCCGCAAAAAAACCCCAACAGUUAUCGGGGAUUAUUUCCUGCCACUGGGCACUAUCGGGGGUAAUUGAAUUACACGGCUAAUUGAAUUGCCAAUAGAUGUUUAAAGCUUUUUAGCUCUUUAUUGGUCUGGCAGAUUCUGUUUCUAGCAUUGUAUUAAUCAUGUUUAAAAAAAAUAAAAAAUCUGCCAUUCCUAGGGAAUAUAAUCUAUAUAUAUCAUAAACUGAACACUGCUAUUUCCAAUGCAGUCGUUGACUAAUUGUAGUGAAAACCAUGCACAUAAAAUCACACAUAAUGUGGAAUGUUUGGGGAAGAGAUUUUAAGUCUGCUAGACAUUUUAAAAUAUUCUCCCUAGUGCUGUUGUGUUGCUUUUUCUUUUUUUAAGUGUAUGACGUUUGAGACUCCAUUAUGGAACACCUAAUAUAGGAUCUAAUAAAAUUAUUGAAAGCAGGGUCUUCAUGUUCUGUAAGUGUGGAAAUAUUAAAUUGAGAAGACUUUGUAAAUUG